ACACAUUAUAACACCAGUCGGCGUUAUAGCGGCUACCAGACAGACACCGGUGAAAGUGCGCUCACGCUCAGACGCACACCUGCCUUCCAGUGACUCGCGCGUAUUCACAACACAUUAGUAAAUGCGAAUCCAAAAUAAACAAAACAAACGCGUAGUGGCUGAUGCGUGUGCGCACGACGUCGUGUUAUCACAAGCAGUGAGAGUCGAGCCGCGCUGAUAGUGUGAUGUGUCAGUCGGUGAGCAGUCCCGUGAGCAUGUGGGCAGCGUGCGCGGCGCUGGCGGCGUGCUGCGCGCUGGCGGCGGCGGCGGGGGCGCCCUCGCUGCUGCGCGCGCCCCCGCUGCAGCCCCCGGCCGUCGCCGCCGUCGCCCCCGACCCCGAGCUCCUCAACAACACGCUGCCGGCCGAGGAGUUCUUCAUCAACCAGAUAUUCGACAAGUACGGAUACAAGGGAAUCAUCACUUUCGAAGGCUUCGAGCACCUGCUAGACAACCUGGGUCUGGGCGGGCGCGUGUUCUCGUCCAAGCACGACCUGGCGCUGCACCGCGUCAACGGCACCUUCACGACGCUUCACGACACCAUGCACCGCCACAAGAGGUCACCUGCCGAAUCACCACAAAUGCUGAUGAAGCCAUGCCUGUCUCCGAAAGAGAUCCUGGACGUGUACGGCAUGAAGACGGAGCCCGGCGUGAUCUCCAUCCGACCGCACACGUUCCUGGAGAUGUGCCCCGCGCUGGUGUACCAGCUCGACCAGCGCUCCUGCUACAAGACCGAGGCGCCACCGCCCAAGACUGAGAGGCAUUGGACGUGGAUCUACGCGUCGCUAAGCAUCCUGGUGAUCAGCGCGACGGGGCUGGCGGGCGUGGCGGUGGUGCCGCUGCUGCAGUCGGCCGCGUUCAGCCACGCGCUGCAGCUACUGGUGGGGCUGGCCGUGGGCACCCUGUGCGGCGACGCGCUGCUGCACCUGCUGCCCCACGCUCUGCGCUCCCACGCCCCCGCCGCCCCCGCCCUCGGCCCCGCCCCCCCGCACGACGACACUGAGCUCGUGCUCAAGUGCAGCAUCACCUUCCUCACCAUCCUGCUCUUCUACACGGUGGAGGCCGUCAUGCAGACCAUGAACGGCGGGCACGGGCACUCGCACGGCCCCUCCGCCGAGGAGCUGAAGGCGGAGGCGGAGAAGCGCGUGGAGCCCAUCGAGCUCGGCGCCAUGAUGCCGGGCGCGCCGCCGCCGCCCGCCGCCGCGCCGCGCCCGCUCACCUCCACGGCGCUGAUGGUGAUCGUGGGCGACGGGCUGCACAACCUCACGGACGGGCUCGCCAUCGGCGCGGCGUUCAGCGGCGACCCGGUGACGGGGUUCGCGACGGCGCUGGCCGUGUUCUGCCACGAGCUCCCGCACGAGCUGGGCGACUUCGCCGUGCUGCUGCGCUCCGGCAUGAGCAUCCGCCGCGCGCUGUACUACAACCUGGUGUCGUCGGUGCUGAGCUUCCUGGGCAUGGCGGGCGGCGUGUGGCUGGCGGAGGAUCACGAGGCGGCGUCGCAGUGGAUCUACGCGGCCACGGCGGGCACGUUCCUGUACAUCGCGCUGGCGGACCUGGUGCCGGAGCUGAACGCCAACAUCCGCGGCCGCUGGGCGAGCCUGCUGCUGGCCGUGCUCGGCAUCCUGCUGGGCGGCGUCAUCAUGCUCCUCAUCGCGCUGCACGAGGACUCCAUACAGUACCUGUUCAGAACUGUUGAAGAGUGAACAUUCCAAGUGUGUGUUGGUUUCAAUGUGAUAAUUUUUACUGAAGGUUGUUCAUGUUCAUAAUAUUAUAAGAUCGAAUUUUAUGAUGUUUGAAAAUAAUGAUAGCAAUAUUUAGUUAUGUGUACCUUAGGUGUGAGUCCUAAUAAUUUUGUUUUAAUUAAUAGAUAAGAACUUUCUGUUGUAAGUUGGUUCUAAACUUAUAAUUAUUAUUAAAUAAGUAUUAAGUAUCUAAAUAGAAAAAUAGGUUUUAAUUUAAGAAAUUAUUAUUUAAGAUAUGAUGUUAUUCCAGAAUUUAUGAAUUGUACAAAAGUUGAAUUUCCGUGACUCGGAUAAUAUUCAUGAGAUUUCAUGAGAUGAGAUUGCAUAAGUCUGGCUCGCGUAAGUAUAGCUACUUUAUCCUGAAAGAUCCUGCAUGUAAUUUUUCAGAUAAUUAAUAUCAGUGAGUAAAUAUAACUUAUAUUUUUUAUUAAUUAUCAUUUUGUACGGUACGGACUGUAAGUAGGUAUGUAGCAACCAAAAUUCUUAUUCAUUGUGCUACCUAUACUUAAAUAAAUUAUACUAUUUUAGUUA